CCUGGUCUCAACCGCGCUCUACACCCUUGAGUAGGGUACGAACUGCCCCCCAGCUCGACAGUGUGCGCGCGUGUGAAAUGCAGGGAGAACCGCGCAGAACACUACCCAAAUAGGCACAGCCACCGAGCGCACAGACAGAGCCGCUGAAAAAAAAAGCACUUGAGCAGGGAGAACUUCACUGCGAAGACCGAGACCAGAAAAAUGGGUGGCAAGCUGAGCAAAAAGAAGAAGGGCUACAAUGUGAACGACGAGAAGGCCAAGGACAAGGACGCCAAAGCGGAAGGGGCGUCGGCGGAGGAAGGCGAGGCUCAGAAGGAGAGCAAGGAGGAGGCCCCCGCCGCAGCCGAGAACAGUGAGGCCGCCAACGAAAAGCCUGAGAAGGACGCCCAGCCCAUCACCGACCAGACAGCGGCCAAGGAGGAGGGGAAGGACACCGUGGCCAAGGAGGAGCCGGAGAAGCCCGCCGCCAACGCCGAGCCAAAGGCGGAGGCACCCAAGAGCGCGGAGGCCGCCGCCCCCAAGCAAGAGGAUAAGCAGCCGGCCGCCGCCCCGGCUCCCGCCCCUGCCGCUAAAGAGCCCGCCCCUGAGGCCAAAGCGCAGGCCCCUGCGCCGCCGGUGGCCGAGAGCAAAUCGGAGAGCAAGGACGAGGCCGACGCCAAAAAGACUGAGGCCCCUGCCGCGGCACCAGCGGCGAAGGCCGAGGCGGCGCCGGCCGCCCCGGAACCCAAGCCCACGGAAGCGCCGGCCCCCGCCGCCGCGCCCCCAAAGGAGGCCGCCCCCGCGAAAGAGCCAGCCCCUAGUUCUACAACGGCCGCCGCCGAGAACGCGGCGCCACCCAAGGAGGCCAACGCCACAGAUGCCCCAGUCCCCAGCAAGGAUCAAACCGUAGCAGUUCAAGAUUAAUGGACAGCUUCUUUUAAAACGGAAAUUAACAACAACAACAACAACAACAACAACAAAAAGAAAUGAAUACAAAUUAAAUUAAAUAGCCCACCCGCAUUAUUAUUAUUAUAAUUAUUAUUAUUAUUUUUCUGCUGCAGUGUGUGAACUUUGAUACGAUUCUGUUUUACCCCUCCUUCUCCCCUCCCCCACCCGCCCGAUCCCUACUCCUCCACCCAUUGCCCAGAUUUCCAUCCAUGCCCGCUGGGAUUUGCCAUCUCCAUCUCAACUCUGUUUGAAUCCUCCACCUGGAGGGCCUGGGACCGCACACCAUCGUUUUUUUCCUGGACUAUCUAGGCUGCAGAUGUCUGAAAAUGAAAUGGAAAGGGUAGAAUCUACUUACCAGCUGGACUUGCACUCUAUCGGUUCCACCUGAACCCCGCCCCCCCCCCCAAGCUUCCCUCCCCCCUCCCCUUGCCUCCAGGGUGCUCUGUUCUCUAUUCUGCCUGUUGGGUCAGCGCUGGAGUAAUCCAGUUGCGAUUCUUCCUCUGCGUUGCCUUCGGCUCCGGCUCUCUCAGUUUGGGUUUCUCCUCAUUUCGUUCUGGCUGUCGACACCCCCCCCUCCCCAGCCCACCCCCGUUUCAUUUUGCCACCCGUUUUUUUCCACAGUUCGGAGCCACCGCUUUCGGAAGUGACCGGAGCGGAGUGGCCCCACCCUUCUCCUCUUCUCCUCAUCCUCUCUCUCAUUUUUGAUUUUUUUUGGCAAUCUGACUGACAUAUCUUCCUACGAUCGGUCUGCAAAGCUCGGCGGGUCUCAAGCUCUGGUCCCACCUGAAGUGGGGGAGUGCACUGUUUUCAUAACACAAGUAAACCACCUUGCGUGAAACAGCCCCCUGCGCCCCCGCCAACUUUUCACGCUAUAUCACAAUGUCCGUCAAAAAAAAAGCUUUCACUGUAGAGCGGCACUGGCGGUAGGCCCGCCUGCCCAGCACAAUCCAUGAGGGAGGUGCGGCCCACGUCAACAAACGAGCUGAGAACCACCGAACUCGCCGAUCUCUCUCUCUCUCUCUCUCUCUCUCUCUCUCUCGCUCUCUCUUCAUCUAUCUCUCAUUCUCUGUACUUCUCUAGGUAUAUGAAUAUAUAUCAAUAUAUAUUUCUCUCCCUUUAGGUUCCUGUUUCUUCCUUUCUUGACAACGUAAAUGCAUGUCCGUGGUUGGGUGCACCUGUAGUCCUGUCUUUCGGUCAAGUGGAAA